UGACAAUUUCACGACCAGCUGCGGCGGCGGCACACGCGCAUAUGGCAUUGGUGAUUAUGACUUCGGUACACCGCAUCUUUGGACUUUCAUUCUGCUUUCUUUGGACAACCUUCGGAGCACAACAACGAUGCCUUCUUUAUAUGGAACGGUGUGUUUCGCACUGCCCGGUGGGAAUGCACCCAUACCACACUCGGUGCGACAAAGAUACAAUAUCGCAAAAAACAUGUGACACUCCAGAAUCUAUUAACUUAGGUUUCACUUGCGGUUGGUCCAGAUGCGACUGUAACAAUAAUCUCGUUUUGUUUGAUGAUGGCACCUGUGGCCCCUACGAGGAAUGUGUCCCACGAUCUGCGCGCAGAAUAAGUGUAGUGCGUUCACGAGAGAGAUAUAACGGUGCACCUAAACAUUCUAGACGUAUCCACAAAUCUGAACUUAUCGAUGUAAUAGACAAACAAGUUGAUGAUGAUUAGGGAUUUUGUAUAUUAUUAACUUACUUGUGUACAUUUCGUGAUCGAGUAAUUUGCACUCCUGUUUACAUGGUAUCGCCAUUACUGAGGUCCCGGGUGCGAUCCCUGGCCGUGUAGAAAAACGAAUUUUUAUCUACAGGUAUUGUCUCGAGUCUGGGUGUUUGUGGAACAGACGUUGUUUCCGAUUUCCCUAACGCAAGUGCUUUAGUUACUUCCGCAAUCAGAACAACGAAUCUGAUGUCGUGUAAUAUUUAAUAUAAUAGCUCGAUUACAUUAAUCUAGUUACAUAUAAAGGGUUGUUUGUGAAAUACUAUCCACCUGGCAGGACUAUAUUACUUAGUAGCUGUAGCGCCCCUUGGAAACAGUUCGUCCAGGGAAGCACUGUCACUUUACCUAUUUCAGCCGUCAAGCAGUAAUGUGAGCAUUACUGCGUUCUGGUUUCGAAAGGAGCUGAGAAAUUACAGGCACAUGGGAGUUGUUGCCUUAUGUCUCAGGGUGACGAUGACGGGCACAAUGGCAAUGCCACCAAGAUUUUUGAGAUUAAAAGUUGAGUGGCACUGCAGCUGUUAUGGAUAGCCGUGUCGCUUAUUACCAGUAGGGCUAGCACGACAGGACGCAACUUGCGGGAGAGCGACAUAAAGCGCGAGAUAUUGCUAUUCUCGCAUAGCUAUCUCGCGUUGCGUCGUGCUAGACCUCGAGGCGCACGCCUUGUUCGUCCCCUCGCUUAUAUAAAUUGCAUUGCAUUAUAAUAUGUAUAUAAAUUGCAUCGAUACAAUCGCGCGUUUGUAUCGAUGCAGUCGCGCGUUUACAUCGAUGCAAUCGACUCUAAAUCGCAAGUGUAGCGAUGCAAUCGCGCGUUUCACGAAGGCGCAUUUGCAUCGCUUAUAAAAGUUGCCCGGUGUAACUCCUAACUGCCAAUGACACUCCAUCGACACACAACUGUCAUGAAUUAAAAUUAGGAAACUUGGGGCCCGUGUGAAGGCGAUGUAAUUUGUAGCUUUUUAACCGACCUCAAAACGGAGGAGGUUCUCAAUUCGUCUGCAUUUUUUUGUAUGUAUGUUACGCCAUUACGGCAUUUGUGAACCGAUUUUGAUGAUUCUUUUUUUUUGGGAAGAGAGUAC